AGCCCUUUCAUACCUGAUGUCAGUAUUAACUAUCGUGUACAGAGUUAAGACAAGAUAGGUCGAUUUGAAGGACACAUAAUUUCUUAGAACUUUUCUUUUUUGAUCUUGGCUAUUCUCAAGAAUUAUUUUUAUUUUUCUUUCAUAGUUAUACGGAAUAUCCCCAUCACCACUCUGUAUAUACAUACAGACAGACAUCCAAAACAAUGACGACCGACGUCCAAACCAUUUUCGAAAAAGAGAGUAUCAUCCCCGACAUUCUCGCGCCGGGGACAAAAGUCCCACGUAAUUUGAAAGUGAUCUGGCCCAACGCGAAGCUCGAGAAGCCUGGCCAGAUGAUCGAGCGCGAUGCGACACAGCCUCAGCCGACACUGUUCGUUGAGCCGAGUCCGGAGGAUAAAGAGUCGCAGCCUAUUUAUACGCUUUUGAUGGUUGAUCCGGACCUCACGCACCGUAAUGAUAAGUAUUUCGGUCAAGUACGCCAUUGGCUCACUACUCGAGUGACUGUUAGUCCAACGGGCCAAGUCAAUGUCUCUAAGGACAGGGAUAUUUCUCCUUAUGUUGGUCCGGCUCCGAUUCCGGCGCAUUAUUUCACUCUUGGAAAACCCCAUCCAUCGCGCUACACAUUUCUCCUUCUACGUCAUAAAACCGGCGUUGCUCUCCCAGAGCUCAAUCCGGAUAGCUUACGCGCCGCGUAUGAAGGCUCGCCCGGCGAAUUCGGCCAGCCGACGCAGGACAUUGUUGAUAGGAUGAGGUUCAGUACGGAGCAAUUCAUCGAGCGGAACAAGAUGGAAGUCGUAGCGGGGACAUUUAUGCUCGUUGAGGGCAACGCGAAGAGUGCGGUGAAGAAUGCCUCGUUGGUUGCGCAGGGAUUGGCGGAUAAGAUGAUGGGGAAAUAG